AUGCCUAGCGCCGUGUGCCCGUCUGCUGUGGCAAAGCCAACUAUUCCCAAAUUCAUUCCUGCUGCUCCCACCAAAGAGAAGUUGGACUAUGUCGAACUCGUGAACCUUGAUCUGUCCAAAUUCGAAAACCCAGAGACAAGAAAGUCUUUGGCAAAGGAGCUCCUUGACGGUGUCAUCAAGCACGGCUUCUUGACCAUUUCAAACCAUGGAAUUUCAGACGAGUUGUGUGAAUCUCAGGUCAACUUGGCUCAUGCCGUAAUGACCCUUCCCGCUGAGGAGAAGGCACCCUAUGAAGCUACACCGGAAGAAGACGCGCUGGGCCGAUAUGUUGGCUUCAAGCCAGCAGGAAAGCUUGGAGCCAAGGGUGGCUUCCACAAGACUCUUGACCACUACAAUAUCCUCACCUACGACCCCGAGAACCACCAGCACCCCGAGGUCCUCAGACCUUAUGUGGAUGAGGUUAAUGAAGUCAUUGGCUUUAUUCGACACAACAUUCUGCGAAAACUGCUCGCGCUUAUGGCAAUUAUUUUGGAGGUUCCCGAAGAGACCAUUGCUUCCACCCAUGCAUUUGGCAAAGAGAGUACCGAAUAUCUUCGUUACAUGAUCUAUAACCCGCGCACCGAUGAAGACAAUGAUAAAUACAGAGAUCUCUACCUUGCCGGCCACACGGACUGGGGAACUUUUACCUUCCUUUUCAGCCAGCCUAUCUCGGCUCUACAAAUUCUUGAAUCUUCCACUAAUACGUGGAAGUGGGUGCAGUACCUUCCGCAGUCUCUUGUUGUCAAUGUCGGAGAGGCGCUUGAGCUGCUCACCGGUGGUCUCUUCCGUGCCACCAUCCACCGUGUCGUUAAGCCACCUGCCGACCAGGAGAGACACAAGCGCAUUGGCGUUAUUUACUUUGCCAGGCCGGUCGACGAGGUAGAGUUGAAGCCAAUUGACAGCCCAUAUCUUAAGCGACUUGGUAUUGAUAAGCCACUGGACGAGAAAGUGUUCAACAUGGCCGACUAUUUGGAAGCUCGAAAACAUGGUUACAAGCGAUUGGACUUUGAUCAUGACCGACCUCGUACUGACGGAUACCACAUGGACCCAUUCCAUGGAAACUACUAA